AUGCAGCAGGAUAUUCUCAGUGUACUCGACCAAGAAAAGAUCACGCUCUUCGAUCUGGACUCCGAGGCUCCUGGAAAGGCGUUCUCGCCUUCAACCUGGAAGGUUCGCUAUUCACUCAACUUCAAUAAAAUUCCUUUCGUAACACGCUGGUUGGACUUCGUGGAGGUUCAACCACUUUGUCUCGCCAUUGGUGCGAAGCCGACGAGGAAGAGGCCAGAUGGGAGUGACAUGUAUACUCUCCCCGUUAUCUACGAUCCGACAACUAAGAAAGCGGUCUCAGAAUCGCUCGCUAUCGUGGAAUAUCUGGACCGCCAAUACCCCCAGUCGCCUCGAGUUAUUCCGGACAUCACUCAAGGCCUCGUUCGAGCCUUUGUCCACGCGUUCAGCAAGGAGAUCAUGAUCUUGUACCAGUUCGGCGUCCUUCUUCAGCUGGAGAUCGUUAAGCCAGGCAGCAAGGAGUACUAUAGGAGGGAUCGGGAGGCGUUGCUCGAGGCUUCUUUGGAGGAUGUUGUUCCGAAGGGAGAGAAGAGAAAGGUCGAGUGGGCGAAAGUCAAGCAAGCGUUCGACACUUUCUCAAGUUGGUUUGGCGAUGAAGGCGAGUUUGUGCCUGGCGGGAGGAGGAAGUGGGUCAUGGGAGAUUCGCCCUCGUUCCCGGACUUCGUUUUUGCGGCGCACCUUCAAUGGAUCAGGAAGGUCUUGGGAGAGGAGAGUGGGGAGUGGAAGGAUAUCAUGCGUUGGAAUCAGGGGAGAUGGGCUCAUUUGUUAGAGCAAUGUCGCAUUUAUGAAGGGAGUUGUUAG